AUGAAAACAUGGGAUAUAAUCACCUAUAAUUGCAGAACAUUAACGGAAGAUUCUCAACUAACCGAGUUAAAAAACGAAUUAGAAGUCACGAACUGGUCUCUUAUUGGUCUGCCAGAAAUGAGGAGAUAUGAUAGGCAGUUUGGAGUACCAAGAUGAGGUCAAGAGAAAACUUUGGAUGUACUCCUGAUAACAGUAGUUCCUGUCAUGACAUACGGUUUUGAAACAUGGGUAAUAGACAAGAAGACUUGUCAGAAAUUGAGGAUAACAGUCAGAGGAAUGGAGCGAUAA